AUGCAUGGUCAUGGAGGCUAUGACUCUGAUUUUAGUGAUGAUGAACACUGUGGAGAAUCUAGCAAAAGGAAAAAAAAGACAGUUGAAGAUGAUUUACUGCUCAAAAAGCCAUUUCAGAAAGAAAAACAUGGAAAGGUGGUCCAUAAACAAGUUGCAGCAGAAUUGCUGGAUAGGGAAGAAGCAAGAAAUAGAAGGUUUCAUCUCAUAGCUAUGGAUGCUUAUCAAAGGCAUACAAAGUUUGUAAAUGACUAUAUUUUAUACUAUGGUGGCAAAAAAGAAGAUUUCAGGCGAUUGGGGGAAAAUGACAAGAUAGACAUGGAUGUUAUACGAGAAAAUCACAGAUUCCUAUGGAAUGAGGAGGAUGAAAUGGACAUGAAUUGGGAGAAGAGACUUGCAAAGAAAUACUAUGAUAAAUUAUUCAAGGAAUACUGCGUAGCAGAUCUCACCAGAUACAAAGAAAAUAAGUUUGGAUUUAGGUGGCGAGUAGAAAAAGAAGUAAUUUCAGGGAAAGGCCAGUUUUGCUGUGGAAAUAAAUGUUGUGAUAAAAAAGAAGGCUUAAAGAGUUGGGAAGUUAAUUUUGGUUAUAUUGAGCAUGGUGAAAAGAGAAAUGCGCUUGUUAAAUUAAGAUUAUGCCAAGAAUGUUCCUUUAAAUUAAAUUUUCAUCACAGGAGAAAAGAAGUCAACUCAAAAAAAAGAAAGGAUAAAGCCAGAAAAGACUGUGAAGAGUCAUCACAUAAAAAAUCCAGAUUAUCUUCUGUAGAAGAGUCCUCUAAGAAAAAGGAUAAAGCACAUUUACUCUCAGUGAAAUCAGAAAAUUCUAUCAGCAGAAGCUCUGAUGAGGAAGGAAGUACUUCAGAAUCUGAACUUUGGAAGGGCCCGCUGCCAGAGACAGAUGAAAAACCACAGGAAGAAGAAUUUGAUGAAUAUUUUCAAGGUUUAUUUCUGUGA